AUGGUCACACUCCGGUCCAUCGCGACCGCUCUGACCGGCGCAGCCCUCUUUGCUCAGUCGUCGCUAGGCCACUCAUUCAAACGAAACCCUCUCAACUAUGUCUCGUUGAUCGACGACGCCUUCAUUAAUACCCCUUCUCGUCGAGUGCAUUCGCAUUCAAAUUUCGAUCUCACCUUCACCAUUCAUAACGGAAACCAGAAAAUCAGGCUAGCGCUGAACCCGAAUCACGACAUCAUCCACGACGACUUCGCCGUCACUCACCUCCGCCCGGACGGGACCGUCCGCGAAAUAGAGAGAGUGCCCCGUACUGAGCACAAGGUCUACAAGGGCGAUGCAUUCAUCGAGCGCCCUGGACAUCAGGGCUGGUCCAAGGCCGGGUGGGCGCGUAUUACAAUCCACAAAGACGGAGAAAAUCCCGCCUUCGACGGCGCCUUUCGCGUCGACGGUGACCAUCACAAUAUUCAGUCAACCCGUCGCUAUAUGAGACUACGAGGCGAGCAAGAUCCCAUAGUGGAAGCCCCGGGAAAUGGCAAGGACUCGAUGAUCGUCUGGCGCGACUCCGACAUCAGGGAUUCCGCUGAUGCCCUUGACGACCGAACCGAACUGAAGCGCGAUAUCUCGCCCGAGUCGCUCUGCGGCGCCGACUCUCUCGGCUUCAACAGCCAGAUUAAUCUCUCGACACAAAGCCCCAACUCGCUUCAGGCCAUGGACCUGCGCUCCCUCUUUGGCCGCCAGGCCAGCAACACCCCUGCGUUGAACCUGGCCAACUCCAUCGGGUCCUUGGAUGGAUGCCCUUCGACGAGAAAGGUAGCACUGGUCGGCAUUGCCACUGACUGCACCUACUGGAAAAACUUUAACUCGUCGGCGGAAAUCAGGAAGAGCGUCAUCGACAUGGUCAACAAGGCCUCGGAGCUGUACGAAAGCACCUUCAAGAUAUCCCUGGGCAUACAAAACCUUACCGUCAGCGACAAGACCUGUCCCGGAAGCCCCGAGCCCGCGACGCCCUGGAACCUUGACUGCAGCGACUCGUUCAAUAUCACAGACCGGCUCAAUUCCUUCUCCGAGUGGCGCGGCCAGUCCAAAGACACAAACGCCUACUGGACUCUCCUGACAAGAUGCUCUACCGGUUCUGCCGUCGGACUGGCCUGGACCGGGCAGCUGUGCCGCGAGGGGGCGGAAAGCAACCAGGCAGCCAACGAGAAGGUGGCAUCGGCCAACGUCGUCGUCGGGACAGACACCGAAUGGCAAAUUUUUGCGCACGAGAGCGGCCAUACCUUUGGUGCCUUCCACGACUGUACCAACGACACAUGCGGAACUGAAGAAACAUGCUGUCCGCUCGCCAAGGACAAGUGCGACGCCGCGGGAAAGUUCAUUAUGAGCCCGAAGACGGGCAAGGGCAUCACCCAAUUCUCUCCCUGCAGCAUCGGCAACAUUUGCUCGGGGCUCAAGGUGAACAAGGUCAGGGGCAACUGUCUUACCGACAACAAGAACAUCAAGACCAUCACGGGCAGCCAGUGCGGCAACGGCAUCGUCGAGAGCGGCGAGGACUGCGACUGCGGCGGCGAGCAAGGGUGCCAGGGCAACAAGUGCUGCGACCCCAAGACGUGCAAGUUCACCAGCGGCUCCGUCUGCGACCCGUCCAAUGAGGACUGCUGCUCUCAGGAAUGUAAGUUUGCAUCGAGCGGAACCGUCUGCCGCCCCAGCACCGGCGUGUGCGACCCGGAGGAGGUGUGCACGGGGGACCGUGCCAGCUGUCCCGAGGACCAGCACAAGGGCGACGGCGACUCGUGCGGCGACGGGCUCAACUGUGCCUCGGGCCAGUGCACGUCACGCGACAUGCAGUGCAGGGCCAUGUCCAGCAGCCUCCGCGGCAUCAACACCACAAAGGCCUGCCCGGGCAGCGGCUGCAUGCUUACCUGCACGUCCGACGACAUGGAUUUUGGCCAGUGCUUCACGCUCAAUCAAAACUUUAUAGACGGGACGGCGUGCGGUGGCGGGGGCAAGUGCGCCAACGGGGCGUGCAAGGGCGCGUCGACGAUCAAGGAGAUUGGCAACUGGAUCGAGGAGCACAAGAACAUCUUCAUCCCCGUCGUGUCUGUCAUCGGCGGCCUAAUUCUCAUCGCCAUCCUCGCCAGCGUCUUGGCCAGCAUCCGGAGGCGCAUCCGCCGCCGCAAGCUGGCCAAGAAAAUGCAGAACUGGCCGUCAUACAGUGGGCAGGACGGCGGAUCGCCCCCCAGGCAAAGGGGCUCGCACCAGCAGUGGCACAGCUCAUCCAGAGGCGGUCACUACACCGGGUCGCAGGGGCAGUACGACUACUCGUAUCCGCCGCCUCCGCCGCCGCCGAUGGAGCAGGUGAAUCAACCGUGGGGACCUCGUCAACGGAGCGCGAGGUAUGCAUAG